AUCAUGGUGAUGGGGGUUGCAAGAAUUCCCCAGCCAACAAUUGAAGUCCAGACUUCUUAAAGCUGCCACGGUUGAGAAUCUCUGGUUGGAAGGAGAAAUCAAAAGUUCAUGGAUUUCACCACUGGGAUCCUUCUUCCACUGAUUUUGGGUGGCGUAGGGAUCUUCACUAUCUUGCGAUUGGUCAGGAGAAUCCAGGCCAGGGCCUACCUGAAGGACGCAGUAGUAGUGAUAACCGGGGCAACUUCUGGACUGGGGAAAGAAUGCGCCAAAGCUUUCCAUGCCGCGGGAUCCCAACUGGUCCUGUGUGGCCGAAGUGGAGAGAGGCUUCAGGAUGUUCUCCGGGAGUUAUCUGCUGCCGCUGACCCCCUCAAAAACGCUCACAAACAUCACGUUGUGGUUUUUGAUCUCUCGGAUAUCAAUGCGGUAGUUAGCGCUGCGGAGGAGAUUUUGAGCUGUGUGGAUCAUGUUGAUAUUUUAAUUAACAAUGCUGGCAUCAGCUACCGGGGCACCAUAACAGAGACGGUGAUAGAGGUAGACCGGAAAGUGAUGGAAACCAAUUAUUUCGGUCCGGUUGCUUUGACGAAAGCCCUCCUGCCUGCCAUGAUCAAGAGGAGAAAAGGGCACAUCGUAACCAUCAGCAGCGUGCAAGGAAAGAUCAGCAUUCCCUUCCGGUCGGCGUAUGCGGCCUCCAAGCACGCAACCCAGGCCUUUUUCGACUGUUUGCGAGCCGAAGUGGAGCGGUUCAACAUCGACGUGACGGUUGUGUGUCCCGGCUACAUCCAGACCAACCUUUCGCUCAACGCCGUCACGUCAGACGGAUCCCAGUACGGAGUGAUGGACAAGAGCACCAGCGAAGGCAAAACAGCCGCGGACGUGGCUCGACUGGUCCUGGACGCCGUGGGAGAGAGGAGAAAGGAAGUUUUGCUGGGGUUGGGUUUCUUGCCCGCCCUGGCAGUUUAUCUCCGGCCGCUCUGCCCCGCUGUCUUCUUCACCCUCAUGGCCAGGAGAGCACGCAAGGAGAAGAAAGACAAGCAGUCCUAACCCAUCCACCCCGGGGAAGACUUCACCAGGUCCGAGUGUGGACGGGAAGCCGCUAGGUGUCGUAGCUGACAUGGGUGGAGGACUGCAGGAGCCGAACGUUUCAUCUUUUGCUGCGCUAAGGGGUGGAUUUAUGUCUGGGGACAAGAAGCACCGCCAACUAAAACUUUCCGAGCCCCGCAAAGCAUUUUAUGUACAGAGGGUCGAUGCUUAGCCGAUUCACAUCCGAUUUCGAGAACGGAAGCUGCUUCCCGCUCAAGUGGAUCUUCAGAAGACAACGUGCCAUGAAUAGCUGGAUAUUUUAACUUCUUUUUUUCCUUACCUGUCUUUCCAGCUUAUCUUUUACGCUUAAUUUGUAAGCAGGAGAGGGGGAAAAAAAUACUACUACUGACAUUCCCCAUAGGUACCGGGUUUUCCCCGAAAAUAAGACCCAACCAAAAAAAUAAAAAAUAAGCCCUAGCAUGAUUUUUUCAGAAUUCUCGUAAUGUAAGCCCUACCCCCGCCCAAAAAUAAGCCCCAGUUAAAAUCGUCAG